UUAGUAGUUGCUUAAUAGUUUUACAAAUUUUUUAUAUUAAAGCAAAGAAAGCAAAUAUGAGUGUUAAAUUCAAAAUAAUUUCAGUAUUAAAUUAAAAAAAAAUCAAAGACAGCUUUUUAUCAUCAAGUUGAUAUAAUAUUUUAACAGUAUUAAAUAGCAGCAUAAACUGAAAGUUAAUAUCAAAGAAUCAUUUACGAGUUUAUUGUAUUUUUUUUUGUUUUAAAAAUGUAUUUAUGGUUGUUUUUUGGGUUGUUUGUUUUAUGUGAAAACUGCAUGGAUAUUAAUACAGCAAGCGCUAUCAAGGGAAAAUUUACAAUAGUUGGUUUAUUUCCAAUGAAUUGUUCUACAUCAGACAACAUAAACAAACUUACUUUUGGUUGGAUGGAGGCGCUAAAGUAUACGGUAAAUGAGGCAAACAUGUUUUUGAAUAAUACCAUAUUCGACUACGUCAUUUAUGAUACCCUUGAUAGUUCAAACAUGGAAAAACUUUCGUUUGCUGUUUUAGAUGCUCUUUUGUUUAACAAUAAUUAUGCAUGCAACUGCAGUAUACCUAAUAGAAAGCUAAAGCUAGGUAACAUUUUAGGUUUUGUUGGUCCUGCAGAAUCCUCUAGUUCUAUAUACGUUAAUGAUUUGAUAUCACCAUUUGAGAAAAUCCCUAUAAUUAGUUAUGCCGCAACAAGUCUAGAACUAGAAGAUAAAACACUUUUUCCUCAUUUUUUUAGAACCAUUCCACCUGACAAAUAUCAAGUACUUUUUAUAAGCGAUGUUUUGAAAAGGUUUGGGUGGUCCUACAUAUCAGUAGUUGCAUUAGAUAAUUCAUACGGAAGAGCAGGAGUAGAGCAGCUGUCGCAAGUUAUCUUGAAAAAGGGAAUAUGCAUUGAUCAUUAUUUUACUCUUCCAGAAACUUUUGAUAAAACUAAAUAUUUUGAAAUUAUUGACAAACUGAUUACAAGCGUUGCAAAAGUAGUUGUAUAUUGGGGAACAUUUAAACCUUUACAAGACCUUUUAUUGGUGACUCAAAGUAGGAAUCUAACCAAUCACACAUGGUUAAUAAGCGAAGGUGCCGGUAAAAAUUUCUGGUUUCUUGAAUUUAACAAAAUGCAUAAAAAUAACAUAUUUUUGGUUGUUCAAACGGAGGGAAUAGACAAAGCUUUUAAUGAAUACUUUUUGAGUCUGACAUAUGAGAACGCUAGUGAAUGGUUAAAAGUUGCUUUUCAGAAUUACGGCAUUAAUGAAACCACUUCAGAUUUUUCUUUGAAAAACAUUUCACAAGUAUUUGAUCUCAGUGGUGUCUCGUUUGUUCAAGACGCAGCCAAAGUACUGAUCAACGCUUUACUUCUAUAUCAAUCAAACUUUCCAAGCAACCAAAAUGAUACCGAGUUUCAAACUAUAAACGAUCGAGCCAAAUUUAUAGAGUAUGUUAAGAAAAUAAGUUUUUCUAUUUUGGGCAACACAAAAACUUUUAGUUUUGAUUCAAAUCAAAAUCCUCAAAGUCCGGCAUACUUUGAACUUUAUUCUGCUGAUAUCUCAAGUUUUGUUUUGGCCGCCACAUGGUCUUUGGAUAAUCUAAAGAUAACAUAUAAUGAAACCGUGAAAUUUGACCAAAUAAAAUCAAUAUGCUCGCUUCCUUGUAAUUCAGGUGAAAAAAAGAUAGCUUCAUUGAUUAAUUCGUGUUGUUGGGACUGUGUUCCCUGCUCAGAAAAUACCGUAGCUACUUUUCCAGAUGAAAGCUGUAUAAAAUGUGAAGAAGAAAACAAUUUUUUUUCAAAUCUAGAUAAAAGUUCAUGCGUCAAACUCAAACGAAUUUAUUGGAACUUUAGAAGCAAUCAAGAAAUAAUACAACAAGUGAUAACAAUAAUAUUUUCCAGUUUUGGCGUAGUAACUGCGCUGAUAUUUAUAUUUACUUUUAUUAAAAUGAAAUUAACCCCAAUUGUUCGUUCGUCACACUAUGAACUUUCAUUAGUUCAGAUGACUAUGCAUCUUUUGAUGUUUGCCAUAACUUUCCUAGCAUUUGGAGAAGAGUCAAAUAUGAAAUGCAUCAUUAGAAUAUACUUUGGAGGCUUUUUACACGUUUUUAUAGUUGCCAUUUUGUUUGUUAAAAUAAUUCGCAUUGUAAAGAUUUUUGAAAAGAGUCUUCAAUACGAAACUAUGACACCUGAUGAAAAGCUUUAUUUAAUGACUAAAACUGCUAUACUACUUGUAUUUGUUCCUAGCACAUAUAUAACAAUAAUUUUUGUUGUCCACUACAGCAGGUAUGCAGUAAAUGUAUCAGAUGUGCAAGACAUGACGUCUUUUACUGUACAAAAAUAUUGCGAUUCAAUAAGUUUUUCAACAAUUCAUUUAUGCUUUUUGCUUGUUUUAUCUUUUUUUUGUGGAAUUCCAACAUUCAAAGGACGAAAUCUUCCAUGUAAAUUUAAUGAGAACAAAUGCAUUGCCUACUCUUUGUUUUUAUCAAGUAUAGUUUGGAGUGUAAUGGUUGGAAUCAUUCAAAGUAAUCUCAGUUCAACAAACAAAACGUUUGUCUACUGUUUGUUAAAAAAUCUUACAAAUUUUUUGCUGUUGGUCAUUUUGUUUUUCAAUAAAAUAAAAAUAAUUUGGAUACAUCCAGAACAAAAUACUCGUGAAGAGUUCCAUAAAAAUCGGUUUAAAACCAGUUUAUCUAAUGAUACUCGCUGUUUUGUCUUAUCCAAUAAAAAUUCAGACAUCGAUGAAAGUAUUUCAGACGAAAUACAUUUUACAGAUAAUGUUUAAUAAACAUAUGUAUAUUAAUAAAUAAGUACAUAUACAUAUAAGUGGUUGUAUAUAAGUAAAUAGACUCAAAUGAAAUCAGCUCUCUAAUCUUGGUAAAACACUAACUUCAAACAUUUUUAAUCCGCAGUAAAAAAUUAACGAAUGAAAGCUAAUUUGUUUUCUUUUUACUUUUAAUAAAUUUUUUUGUUUUGA